AUGAGUUUUGGCGGCAGCAAGAAGAAGAAGACCAAGUCUCACGAGUAUUGGUAUGAGCUUCUUUCCGCGGAGCAAGUUCGGACGUUGGUGUUGGCCGCCAAGUUGCCUGCUGCCGGUUCCAAGAAGAAGCAGAUCGAACGUCUCAUGGCGUGUGAAUCGACGGAAACAUAUGGAUGGGAUCGCCCCAAGUCUAUUGCCUGUAUCGUAUCCUACUUGAAAGCGAAAUGUAAGGAAGCUAACCUUCGCGCCAGUGGAUCCAAGUACGAGCUGGUUCUUCGUCUCGUGGAGCAUCACCAUCAAGACGACAAAGACAAGAAUUCCCCCAAGAACAAGCGAGGCGCAUCAGAUGAUGAGAAGGAGAAUGCUGACAAUAGUUUGCCCAACAAGAAGGCCAAACUUGCACUUGCGGACUAG